GCAACACAACUAGCCAAACACACUCCAGAAUUUGUCAGAGGCGAAUGUGUUGUAUGUGGAAAAACAGCUGUGAGAAGCAGUAGAGAAAGAAGGAAAAGAAGAGGAAGACACCGCUGUGAGCCAAGCGUUGAAGAGGAGAGGACGACAUUUAAAGCGGGGGAAAAUUAGCCGUAAGAAAAGACGAUAUCUCGCACUUUGGCUGUGUUUAGCGAUUUUGAAGACAAACCAAUCAUGGAGCAUGAAGUGACUGACCUCCCCAGUGGCCCCUUGGAUAUUUACAGGAAAAAGGCAUCCUUCAACUGGAAGGACAUGCUCCUCUUCAUAGAUGGUGUGGAAAUACUGGCAUUCAAGCAAUAUAUAUUUAAGACACUGGAGAAUGAUCCUCUGUUUGCUCACCUGCCUGGUGAAGAUGUUUCGUUGGAGAAAAAACGAGAGCUGACCUUCCUUAGGGUGAAGCAGCUCUUCCGGUAUAACUUCCUAACAAAUGAAGAGGCCAUGGCCAAUCCCUGGAAGGCUGCAGUCCUUAAUGAGUGUCUGGCCAUGUACGACUGCUCCGUGGCCACCAAGUAUGGUCUCGACAAAGGGAUGUUUGGAAGGACUGUUGCCAGCUCAGGAUCAAAGAGACACAACAAGUAUGUUGAAAGCACAGAGAACAUGAUGACAUUUGGGUGCUUUGCACUAACUGAACUGAGUCACGGGAGCAACACCAGAGCCAUGAGGACCACAGCCACAUAUGACCCCUCCAGCCAGGAGUUUAUAAUCAACUCUCCAGACAUAGAAGCUGCCAAGUUCUGGGUGGGAAACCUGGGCAAGACUGCCACUCAUGCCAUAGUGUUUGCUCAGCUCUAUACAGCUGACAAGGUUUGCCACGGCCUGCACUCCUUCAUCGUCCCGGUUAGAGACCCUAAGACCCUGUUGGCUCUGCCUGGUGUACUGACUGGAGACAUUGGCAAGAAGCUUGGACAGAAUGGACUGGAUAAUGGGUUUGUUAUGUUUAAUAAUGUGAGGAUCCCACGGGAGAACCUACUGAAUAAGACGGGUGAUGUUACUCCUGAUGGCCAGUACGUUACUCCAUUCAAAGACCCUAACAAACGUUUUGGGGCAUCUCUGGGUGCUCUGUCAGGGGGCAGGGUCGCCAUAACCAGGAAUGCUAUGGUCAACCUGAAGAUGGCUCUUGUCGUGGCUCUCCGCUUCUCUGCCACCAGGAGACAGUUUGGACCCAAGGACUCAGAGGAGAUUCCAGUUUUGGAAUACCAGCUGCAGCAAUGGCGUCUGAUCCCGUACCUGGCAGCAGCGUAUGCUCUUGAACAUUUCUCCAAAAGCUUCUUCAUGAACUAUGUCGAGUUUCAGAUUGGACAGAUGAUGAGCGACAAAGGUGACAGACAAGCAGAGUUGGGCAGGGAGAUCCAUGCUAUAGCCUGCUCCAGUAAACCACUGAGCUCAUGGACCACUCAGAGGGGGAUCCAAGAAUGCAGGGAGGCCUGUGGUGGACAUGGAUACCUGGCCAUGAACCGGCUGGGCGAGCUGCGUGAUGACAAUGACCCAAACUGCACAUAUGAAGGAGACAACAAUGUGUUGCUACAGCAGACCAGCAGCUACCUGCUCAAAUGGCUCCAGGUCAAGCAUCAUGAUGGUGUGCGGAUCAAGUCUCCGUUACACUCUGUGGAUUUCCUGGAUGAUUUCCAUAAGAUUCUGGAAAGCAAGUUCACUGCAACAACAAUAGAGCAGUGUAUGGAUGCUGAAGUGCCUCUGGCAGCAUAUAAGUGGCUGGUGUGUUUCCUGUUGGCCGAGAGUCUGAAGAGAGUGGAACAGCAGAAGGCAUCAAGCAAGGAUAUGUUUGACGCUAUUAACACUAGCCAGGUGUACUACUGUCGUUCCCUGUCCAUUGCCUACAUAGAGCACUGCUGCCUCCAGAGGUUUCAUGAGCAGGUGACUGAUGAGGAAACACCCGCUUCUCUCAGACCAGUGCUAAGUAAACUGUGUGCCUUGUAUGGACUGUGGAGUCUCAGCAACUACAUGGUCACACUCUACCAGGGUAAUUACUUUAGUGGGAAAAGGCCAACAGAGUUGGUUCAGACAGCCAUUCUCACCCUCUGCUCUCAGCUGAAGGAUGAUGCAAUAGCACUGGUGGACGUUCUAGCACCCACUGAUUUCAUCCUCCACUCACCCAUUGGAAAUACCGAUGGUCAGCUCUACAAGAACCUGUGGUCGACGGUGAUGAACAACCGGCAGGUUCUGGAUCGUCCCUCCUGGUGGAAGGAGUUCUGCUCAGACAAACCCGUGGUUGGUUCGCUGCGUCCAAAACUCUAGGAAACAGAUGAACUAUCAAUUUACAAGCCUGGUCUGUCUAAUUGUGAAUUUUAAGUGCAAGGGUGAGAGUUGAGGUGGGAGACAGAAAAAAGUUCCGGUUAUGGCAAUUAGGACGAGUAGGAAGCCCCUACAAGCCUUUUAAAAAUUCAGCUGCAUUCUGCUAACUGGAUAAUGUUUUCUCAGUUGCCCCGUGAACCCCGUGAACCCGUGCAGCUGCAGAUGUACCACAUCUAAAAAGACCAGAGACCACUGUCUAACACUGAGCACCUGCACCAUCGUGUAACAACCAGCAAAUCAUUAAGUGGUACUGUUACUGGCCCUGAUUCUACCACUACAUCUGACAGCGACGAAGCAGCCCCGGCCCACACCUUAGUCACUGAAGUUUUCUUUUUAGUUAACCAAAAACAGACUCAAGCUUUAGAUUCAAGUUUCCUGUGUUAGUUUUCCCACUCUUUUUCAGCUCCCUUCCCAGUUAUCUUCUUGCUCUAAUGAAAAAAGGGACUGUCUGGCCAUUUUUCUUUUCCUUUCUUGCUACGCCUUGAAUAGUAUGUUCCAUUUGUAUCCGGAACUCAGAAUUUCAAGCUUGUAAAACUUGGAGCAACAAAACUGACCCCGAUUCCAAGAUGACUGUUCAAAAAAAGUAGCAUUGCACUGCUACUUUUACCAAUAAUAGCACUUAUGUCGUAUUUAUUCACAGUAAACUUUUUCAUUUUUUAACAGUAGACCUGUUGCUCGGAUGUUUGUUUGCUCAAAAUACCAUGUAGUGUGUUAUUAUCGUCUGGUAGUGCUAAAAAUGGCUAGCCUGAGAUUGGCUUGGGCACAUUUUUUCCAAUGACUUCUCACCUGGAACGUGAUGAACUCUGGGGUGAUGUUACUCCCAGUACUGACCUCUGAGUUACAAUGUAAACACAACAGUUCACACAAUGAACAAACACCAUAACAGCUAAUACUAUUUUACAAAAGAAGGGAAUCCAGCUCCCUGUUUAAUACAUUUAAAAUGAUCUUUAUGACCAGAAGGGAUACAUACAUGUACAUUUAUCUUUGUGACAUGAUUAUACAGUAUAUUUACAUGUUUAAAAAAAAAAUGGUGUCAAUACAUCUCUAUAUCUGUUAUCUUGAUCUUUUUUUCCACUAAUUCUGUCAGGGCCAUUGAUGACCUCAUUCAUUUUAAUAUUGUGUCCAAUAUGACAAGCACCAAGGUUUUUGGAAUGUUUUGAGUUAGGAGUUGCUAUCAUGUCUUCAACUUUUGGACAAGAUGGACCUUGAGAUCACUAGUCAGACUUAUGUUCACCUAGAUUUAUUUUCCCUGCUGCUGAACUCAAGUGACUGCAUGUGAUCUACAGUAUCCAUCCAUUUUCUACCGCUUUAUCCUCCACAGAAGGGUUGCGGCGGGGCCAAUCUCAUCAAUUCUGCAGCUCCAAUCUUUAGUCAUGUUUUGAGGUCAUAUUAGAUACUUUAUAUACUGUAUUAGCAAAAAGCAAUGAGUCAAUGAUUGAUUAUUGAGGUUAAUAAAAAUUGGUGUGGCAGAGCUUGACAGA